CCUUAUCUCCUUAGGUGACUAUGGAAACAAUCACACUGUGAUCAGUGGACAGUUAUUCAAAGAAAUUUUAAAAUUGAUUAUCAUUGUAGUGAGUUAUUUUCAUGUGAGCAGCUUGUCUGAGUUCAGUAUAACUAGUGUUUUUUAGAGAAGUCAGGGACAGAGGAAGUGCAACAUAAGGCUUACAGUUGUCAAUCAAGUGCUGGGGACUGUAAAUACAACCAAGAGAUCAAGCCUUGUUUUUGGUCACAGCCAAAAUCCUUUCAUUUUACCUCUUAAAGACACAAUCAAUCGCUAUUUGAUUUUUGUAGGCAAAAAAAAACAAACAAACAAACAAACUCAAGAAUAAUAUUUUCCUGAGUGUCUUCCACUAGACCAUUACCACUAAGAAUCUCUCCCCAUUCUCUGCCUAGCAAGGGUAAUCUAAAAUAAAUAAGAAUUGGCUCUGUUUCUGAUUUUUCAUCUAAGCGAUCAAAUAGCAGAAUUAACUCUUUACGCCCUAACAUCAGCAUGCAUAUUCUCCAUAUUGUUCUCUAUACAUUUCCCAAGGUACUGACAAGGAGAAUUUGUUUAACAAUCAAGACCUUAUUUAGUUGGUGAUCAUUUCCUUUUUUUCUCAUGACCUUACUACAUGAUUCAGGGGUGAUAUUGUAAGGAGAAAUUAGAUGCUAAUCACUCUUAAGGGUCAAAAGCUUAAGGAAAUGUCAAGGUGCAAUAUUUCAAUUGACUCCUAUGCUGUAUUUAAGUGGUGAUAUGUUUUUAAUUAAUUAUUCAUGUAAUUAUAUAUAGUCAGAGCUGGUCUUGUUCCAGUAAGACAAAAUUUGGUGUGAAGCUGGUUCGAUUGGACACUUUUAGUCAUACAUGUGACAAUGGUAUGAUUACAAAUUUAUAAUAGCUUCUAGGUGAUUUUUUUUAUGCAAUACUGUAAGAAAUACAGAAACCUAUUAAAAGUCUUAUUUCUACACAAAAUAUAGUCUCUAUCUCUCAUAGCUUGCUUUGUUUUAACUUGAGAUUAUUGUUUAUUUCUAGAAACUCCCUAAACGAAAUAAAUUUAAUUUAAGUCCAAAGAGUAUGCGUUAAACACUUUCAUCAGUAAUUUGCAAAUUAAUGGUGUACAGUGAAGAAUCGAGCCGAUCGUAAUUUCAAAAUCUUGAAGUCACGCAGCACUUUCAGAGCGUUGUGUGACAUCUUAAACGAAACUCGAAGGAGUGUACUGUGUAUCGAUUAGCACCAAUUUAAAAUGUACAUCGCACUGUUUAACCUGCUGUUCCCCUAAACAAUGGGAAACCAAUCAUCCGUUGAUCUUCUGCUACAAAAGAAAAUUAGUUUUGGCUCGUUGAUUGGGUACCCUUGACCCUAAUGUACCCAGGAAAGGCGUGUGGUACACGUGAUUAUUACCUAACCCACGUACUGAUUAUCACAACAAAAACAACAAUCCGCGAACGGGACGGUAGUAGUGAGUCUCAAGUACUUGAUUGCUUUUCAAAGCGAUUUCUGUUUACCGUAUAAAACAGCACGUGGGUAGCAAAGCUUAAACAGUGAAGCACUGAGCAGUGGAACAAUGGCAGAAAGUGUGCCUUUGGUGUCUUCGCCGAGUUCGUCAAUUAGGCAGCCUGCCGAAGAGGCAGCUUUCGGAACAACUCAAUCAAAGCCUACUAUUGUGCCCCUGGGAGAGAAAGCUCCUUUGAUCCAGGGUGAACAUGAAGUUGGAAAAAGUCUUCUUGGACUUAGUUUAUCAAGGAUGAAUUUGUCGCGGAGUUUAAUGAGAUUGCGUUCCGCCACGAUGACUGUGUCGUUAAUCGAAAAGCCUUCAAAUGAUCGCCGAGCCUCAGCGUUUCUUGCAGGUUGGAACGUAACAAAUCUCAUUCAAGGAACGGGGAUUCUAGGAAUACCGUACGCUGUGAAGCUCGGUGGGUGGGCUGCUGUUGUUUGUAUUUUUGUCUGCGGUAUUCUUUGUUGUUACACGGGCAAGAUUCUAAUCGACUGUUUGUACGAAGAUUCCAAGCGGACAGGUCAAAGGAAACGAGUAAGGGUGAAUUACCCUGAUGUUGGCGAAGCCUGCUGGCCCGUGUGGGGAAACAGGAUUGUCAGCAUUGUGCAAGUGGUUGAGAUGUCUGGCAUAGGCGUCACCUAUGUUGUCUUGAUGGCCACCAUCUUCCUUGAUCUUUUCCACAACAAGAGUAUGGAUGUUUAUGACUGGACCGUUGUGGUUGGUUGUGUUGUCCUUCCAGCAAUCUUUAUCACCCGCGUGUCACUCAUCGCCUGGUUCAGCAUGAUUUCUGUCUUCUCUUUGUUCUCUGGUGUCUUCACCAUCAUAAUCUACUGCAUUACACAGUAUCAGAAGAUGAGCUUCAGCAACAUGCCAAGUUUCCACCUAAACUCUUUCCUGGUUGGCUUGGGCAUCAUUGUAUUCAGCUUUACAGCACACGCAGUAUUCCCAGGAGUGGAAGGAAGCAUGCGUCAUCCUGAACAGUACCCCAUGAUGCUGAAAGUUGCCUUUGCCAACUCAAUAAUCACUAAACUAGCUCUGGGCCUACUGGGUGUGUUUCGAUAUGGGCAGGAACUUAAUCAGGCAAUAACAGUUAAUAUCAAAACCAGUCCAGUCUUUUACAUUCUGUCCAAUGUUUUUGUUAUUGGUAAUGUUGUGCUUGCCUUUCCUCUUGUCAUGUUUGUUGUUUUGGAGACAUGGGAUAAAAAAAUGCUUCCUCACUUUCCUCACCUUUCUAAGGAUUCAAGUUUUCACUGGUUUUGGUUGAUCCUGACGCGUCCAUUGCUCCUUAUGUUUGGUGUCUUCCUGGCCAUCACCGUACCUCAUUUUGGCUUAGUCAUGGGUCUGCUUGGCAGCUUAACGGGAACCAGUCUGUGUUUCAUUUUCCCAUGCGUUUUCCAUCUGAAGCUGAAGUGGAAGAAGUUAAACUGGUUGCAGAUUGCAUGUAGAGUGGCUGUCACCAUCUUUGGAAUUGUUGUUGGAAUCCUUGGAGUGGUAUUCUCAGCAAUUGAACUAAUCAAUGUGUCCAAGUGAGGAAAUAAAUUCUGUAACAAUAAGUAUUUCAUAAGGUAUAUAAACUGAGACCUGCUUUGUUGAUACAUGUAACACAAAUGAUAAUAACUAUUAAUAUAUGUUGGAUCCUAAAUAUGCAUUAUUCUGUAAAUAUUUUGACCUGAAUUUUUAUUUAAUAUAUGGUUCCUCAGAAUAUCAAACCAAGGAAGGUCAUCAGGAAUUUGAAGGGGAGGGGGGAGGAGGUAAAAGGAGAGGGCAAUCAUGGUUAUAAACAUUCCCCCACCCUCUUCUCUGAAAAAAAGAGAAAAAAAAUCAGUGAGCACAGAAAAAAAUGAUAGAAAACAAAUUAAACAUAGAAUUUAACUUGAUAUAGAGAUCAGGAAGAAAGAACAGCUCAAUUUUUGAGCAAAACCUGAUUGAAAUGUAUAAAAAGGAAGAAUAAUUUGAGGUCAGUGGCAAAUUAUAGGGAUGUAUACAGGUGAUCUCUGAUAAUUUUCUUACCUCAGACAGCACAAAUUCUCCAUGACCAAAUAAAAAAACAAACAAACAAAAAAACAAUUAUCGGAUCAUUUUUGCUCUCACUCUUAACAUUAUGCUGAGUAAUGUCACCAUGAAGUGCAGUAGCAUGUAUUCCAAAUCAACUGUGGUCAUUCAGAAUUAUUUCACUGGUAUUGAUGUGAAGUUUUCUCAGAAGCUUGCACCUUUAAAGACUAUUUAAUUAUAUAGCUGAGUUGUAAUCAAAAUAUUAAAUUUUACAUUUUUAGCUGGGAAUUUAACAAUUUUUAUUGUGUUGUACCUUAUUAUGGGAAGGGGAGGUUACAUGAAUCUGAUGCAAAUUGAUAUUAAUUUCAGUUGGAUGUAAUAAAAACAGUGAAUGGGAAAAUGGGAAAAUGAGAAAGUGGGAAAAUGAAAGAGAGAAAUUAUUUUUCAGAUAAAUUGUUUAUAAUGCAGAACAGAUAUUUUCAAUGGUGAUUAUCAAUAUCCACGCUAAUUUUUGGAAAAUUCUGCAGCAGAGUAACAGAAUAAAUUGGUGAUAACAAAAUAAAUUACACUAACUUGUUUCGACAUUUCACUAUCUGAGGCUCAGCAAUUAAUGAAAACAAUUUUAUAGAUAUUCUGAGGUUCAGGAGUUGGUUGUAUCGCGGAUGAGCGAGCAACCAAUAUUUAUGGCAUUCCCCAUUCUCUACUCCCUAUUCCCUAUUCCCUAUUCCCUAUUCCCCAUUCCUCAUUUUAGUAACAUCCAUGUCGUUAGUUUUAAUUUGCGUAACACUGAUUAAGUGAACUGUGAAUUUCCGCGCCCUUUAUUUCACUCAUUUAUGUCCCGAAUUAUCGAUUCACUCCAGACGUUGUUGACAACAAGGAAACAAUAGCGAAAAAUAUUUCUUUCAACAGGCUGAAGAUCUGUCAGUACUGUAGACAAUGCAAA